GCUGGAUCUCUCCCCUCCCCCUUCUCUCUCCCUCUCUCAUUUCCUUUUUUGAAGAAAGAUGAAACUGUACGUGGAAUUAUCUUCUGCAGUACCUAAAAUCGCUUAAUGCAAGUGUGUUUUAGGUUAGGAGAGCGUGCGGGUACUGUAAUGGAGGAAAAGGUUCACCAUUGAUUGGAGCUGUUUCGCACGAGUUUUCGCAGGAGGUGGGGAGCCCGAGCUACGUCUACGCGUACAGCUCUACGACUUUCGAGAUCGAGUAACCCUAUAAGAUGUAGAGGGUAGCUAGUGAGGGAGAGAGAAGAAGAGACAUUCGGACUGUCCCACUUAUAAACUUUACCUGCUUUUUCUUUAGCUGCAGACUCACUUUUUUCAAUGCAAAUAACUACGGAUUAGAUGGCAUCACAGCCCAGACAAAUAAUACUAAUUAGGGUAGAGACCGAGAGAUGGGAGAGAGUAUAAACUUGGAAAAGAUUUUAUCUAACCAAAUUCAACUUAGCUAGGGAUAAGGGUAAUUCUUUUAUUUUAUUUUAGGGUUUUUUAACUUUCAAAGAAGAGUACUGCGACGUCGUGUUGCUGAUUACAUCCGGCCUCGGCAGCAUCGCUUCCUAUCCUAAAUAUUAAAAGAGAACUGGAGAAAGAGAGAGUGGUUUGGGUUUGGGAGGAAGACGAGGGCAAUAAACAAGCGAAUAUUAAAUGAGUGGACAGAUUGCUAUCAAGCACCAGUAUAGUUGCAAGAAAGAUAGGGUACAGUGUCGAGAGAUAUAGAGAGUGAUUCCGUGCCCCAAAAUCCUUUGCCUUCCUCCAUCCGUCACUCCUUGUAGGCGAUCUCUUGGCUCUUCCUCGAUUUGAUCGUUCUCUUUCUCUCUCUACGAAAUAUUUUUUCUCUCUCUUAUUCUAGUUUUGCCAGUAAUGGCAGUGCGUCAGUGACAGUGCAAGAAAAGAGGGAAGAGUUUUCAUUGGGAAGGUAAAGCUUUGCACCUGUGCCUCGAGGCAUUUACAUGAGCCACUGCCCCUUCUCGUUUAAGCUAUUUGUCUCUCUAUCUGCAGCCCAGUCCGUGUGCGCUCUGUGCCAGAUGAAUCUCUCUCUUCCACUCCAUUCAUAGAAGCUUUACAUAGAGAGAGCGUCUGUGUUUAUGUGCCUGAGAGAGAGAGAGAGAGAGAGAGAGAGAGUUAAUGCUAUUAACGAGCAUAAAGAUGAACACCCAAAUUCCAAAGGAAAUCUGAGCAGCCUUAGCCAUACCAGUCCACCCUAGGAGAGAAAACCACUACUACUUCAAUAACUGACUACUACCACUAUCACUAAGGAUUUCCAGUAAAAAGCCUGAAGUUGUAUCAGAAAACCCGGGAGAGCCCGGAGAGACAGCUUUCUUUAUAGCAAAAAAGAUUGCGUAGAGAGAGAGAGAGAGGGUUUGUGACGUAUAGAAAAUCCAAGUGAACUAGGUUAGAAUAAGAAAGUGCGAGGAGAGAGAGAUAAUGGAGAGUGGUUCUAAUGGCACUUCUUGUAUGAUGGCUUUUGGAGAAAACAACUAUGGCUUAUGUCCAGUGAUGAUGAUGCCUCUAAUGACUUCUCAUAGUCAUCAUCAUCCUAAUGCAGACACUAAUAGUCUACUCCUCCCUAUACCUCCCACCAACAAUCACGAUCAAAAUCAAAACCGCAGUAACAUCUCCUCUUUCGUUUUUCAUGACCAGAACAAUAAUAGCAACACUGGCUGUUAUUUCAUGGAGAACAACAACAGCAACAUCCAGAGCAGCAGUUCCGCCGAGAAGGUUAAGAUCAUGGCUCAUCCUCACUACCAACGGCUCUUGACUGCCUAUGUCAAUUGCCAAAAGGUCGGAGCGCCUCCUGAGGUGGUGGCACGACUAGAAGAAACGUGUGCUUCAGCGGCCACAAUGGGCCAGACAGGUACGGGCUGCAUCGGUGAAGAUCCGGCGCUGGAUCAGUUCAUGGAGGCCUACUGUGAGAUGCUGACCAAGUACGAGCAAGAGCUUUCAAAACCCUUCAAGGAAGCCAUGCUUUUCCUCCAAAGGACCGAGUGCCAGUUCAAAGCCCUCACAGUUUCUUCUUCAGAUUCUGGGGGUGGAGAGGCUGUGGAUAGGAGUGGAUCAUCUGAAGAAGAAGUUGAUUUGAAUAACAACUUGAUUGAUCCGCAGGCGGAGGACCGAGAGCUGAAAGGUCAGCUUUUGCGCAAAUACAGUGGAUAUUUAGGCAGUCUGAAACAGGAGUUCAUGAAAAAGAGGAAGAAAGGGAAACUACCAAAAGAAGCUAGGCAACAGUUGCUGGAUUGGUGGAGCAGGCAUUACAAAUGGCCUUACCCAUCGGAGUCACAGAAGCUGGCUCUAGCUGAAUCAACUGGCCUGGAUCAGAAGCAAAUAAACAACUGGUUCAUCAAUCAAAGAAAACGGCAUUGGAAGCCUUCUGAAGAUAUGCAGUUCGUAGUGAUGGAUGCUGCCCACCCCCAGUAUUACAUGGACAAUGUCUUGGGCAACCCCUUUUCCAUGGAUAUCUCGCCCACUAUGCUAUGAAGAUGAUGAUUCUGCAUAACAUGAUGCAAAAAUAUUGUAUAAUUAAAUGUGGUUGCACUUCUAAACCAUGUCGUUGAUGUCAUGUAAUGCCAUCAUGUGUAUUCGACAAACAUGUUGGCUAUUUUAAUCAGGUUCUCUUUGUUGGGUUUAAAUUAACACUGCUUUGGUAAGGGCUGUAGCUGGAGUACGUUCCAUUUGUGAGUGAUUGAAACUAAAACCAGAAAGAAUGUAUAGCAUUAUUAAGCUAAUCUAAAUGCAUGUUGUACUAAUUAAGCUU